UUCAUUUUUCCACUGAAAAAUUAACCCUAUAAACCCCUACAAACCAGUCACCAUUUUUCAUUCUUUCAAUACUAUUACAUUUUUCGAACCUGGGUUUAUCUCUCUUUAGCUCACUCUCCCCAGAUUCUUCAUUUCUCUGAUUCUUUGAUAAGGUUUUGGUAACUACUAGUUACCAAUUUCAUGAUUUUAUGAAGUUUUUGAGCUAAUUUCAUCAUAAUUUGCUAUAAACCAAAUCAAAAAAAGUAGAAAAUAAAAAUGGGUUCUUCAGAGAAUGAUAUUCCAGUACCAGCAGUCCCAGUUAAUGAGCCCCUCUUCUCAAUAAGAGAUUAUGUUCUUGCAGCCCGAGAUAAGAAUAUCUCUCGUAACUGGCCAUUUCCUGAGAAAUAUUUGCAAACUUGUAUGAUACAUGGGGUCUCUAAGGUGCUCCCUCCAUUUGACUCUCAUAAAUCUGUGAAGAACUUACUGUAUAGAAAAGAAAAGAAGUCUGAUAUUGGUUCGGUACUACAAAAAUUUACGGGUCUCGACCGCGGAAAAGAAAUUAUUGAAGUUAAUUGUAAUAUAAGCACUUUGAAUACAAAUUCCAACGAAGAAAUGGAUGAGCAGUGUGUUACAGCCGAGGCAUCCUGCUCCAAGAGGUUAAAUUCCAAUGGACAAGAAGAGAAUUUUAUUUGUGUCAAGGAUGUGAAAUGUGAUAUUGCUCCAGUACAAAAUAACUGUGCGGGUCACGACCGCGAAGCAGAAAUUAUUGGAGCUAAUGAUAAUGUAAUAAGCACUUCGAAUUCAAAUCCAACGUCCUACAUAGAAGAUAACUCUAGUGGUGUCAAUAUGAAAUCUGAUAAUGGUUGCGUACAGAAACACUGUGUAGGUCUCAACUGCAGAGAAGAGAUAGUUGAAGUUUAUGGUGGCAUAAGUGCUACGCCUGAUUCAAACCCGAAGUCCAAUGAAGAAGAAAGUUGUGAUUGUGUCAAGGAUGGCAAAUCUGAUACUGGUGCAGUAACCUGUGUAGGUCUAGACUGCAAAGAAAUAAUUGGAGUUAAUGGUAAUGUAAGCACUUCAAGUUCAAAUCCAAGGUCCAACAUGGAGAACUCUAGUUGUGUCAGGGAUAUGGAAUCAGAUAUGGGUUCAAUACAGAAAAACCGUGUAGGUCUCGACUGCAGAGAAGAUAUUUUUGAAGUUAAUGGUGUUGUAAGUGCUACUUCAAAUUCAAAUCUGAAGCCCAACAGAGACGAAAAUUCUGAUUGUAUCAACGACGGCAAAUUCAAUACUGGUGCAUUAACCUGCGCAGGUCAUGGCUGCAAAGAAAUAAGUGAAGCUAAUGGAAAUGUAAGCCCUUCAGAUUCAAAACCAAGGUCCAACAUAGAAGACAACUCUAGUUGUGUCAAGGAUAUGAACUUUGAUAUUGGUUCUAUACAGAAAAACCGUGUUAGUCUCGACCGCAGAGAAGAUACUUUUGAAGCUAAUGGUGUUGUAUGUGCUACUUCAAAUUCAAAUCUGAAGUCCAACAGAGACGAAAACGCUGAUUGUAUCAAUGAUGACAAAUCUAAUACUGGUGCUAUAACAUGCAUAGGUAAUGACUGUAAAGAAAUAAAUGAAGCUAAUGGAAAUGUAAGCACUUCAGAUUCAAAUCCAAGGUCCAAUGAAGAAGGGAAUUCUAAUGGUGUCAAGGACAUCAAACGCGAAGAAGAAAUAAUUGAAGUUAAUGGUAAUGUAAGCACUUCAAAUUCAAAUCCAAGGUCCAAUGAAGAAGAGAACUCUGAUAACGGUUCCUUACAAAUUAACUGUGUAGGUUUGAACCACGAAGAAGAAACGAUCGAAGUUAAUAGUAAUGUAAACACUACUUCAAAUUCAAAUCCGAAGUUCAGUGAAGAAAUGGAUGAGCAGUGUCUUGAAGCAGUGGCUUCCUGCUCCAAGAGGUUGAAUUCCAAACGGAAGAAACGGAAGAGGAAAGCUAAAAUGCGGUUGGUGGCUGAUGUUGUUGCAGAUGCAAAGCCUUACACUUUGGAGGAACGAGACAAGAUUAAUGGGUCGACUUGGGCCAUUGAUCAACAAGUAAUUUAUCGGCGUAUGUCAAGUAGAAUAAAAGAUGAGGAUGAAGAUGAAGUUUAUGGAACCAAGGAAACUACUGAUAUAAAUAAUACACCAGAAACAAGGUCAGCUGAGAGGCUUCAGAAGAUAAGGCAGCACAGAAAGCAUAACAAUACUGCUGAGGAUGACAUCAAUGUUGUUGAGAAAAAGCCUGCAUUUGUGGCGAAGCUUAAACUUCGUAAACCCCCAUCAUCAACUGUAGAAGUGAAUACUCCUAUAAAAAAUGACAGCAAGAGCAAAGCAGUAGUGACAAGGUCUCGGGUAAAGCGUAGUUUUCCCAGUGUAAACGGAAUAUCAACCAUCAGGCGACUAAGGAGGAGAGGAAAAUCUUGAAAGAUACGCAUAUUUGUCAUAUCACAAUAUUUUUGAAUCAGGCAAAGAUUUUGGACAUUUUUGACGAGAAUCAAGCUUCAAACAACUGAUACGAGAUUUUUAAAAGGUCUCAGGAAUGAUUCUCUCGCACAACAUCUGUCAGCAGUGUCUUGCAGGAAACAACCAUGCAAGAGGAUAUGAAACUACUAAGCAACAGGUUAUUACUUCUUGUCAGGUCAGCCUGUCAUAAUCCGGAUGGGUGCGAAUCAACUUUUUGCGGAAAUAUUGGUCGCUCGAGCAGAUGAUAAUAUGAAGCAUCGAGAUGAUAACUUUCUGAUGGCAUUCUUAUGGUGUUUAUUCUACUACUGCAUGCAACCCUGUAACAUUAUCUGAAAUCUGUUACGUUGGCGAUGCAGAAAAUGAGAUUGAAAUUGAUAAUCCAAAGCUAUGCCCUUCUGCAAUGUUGUUGUACUUGUACUGAUAAUGCAGACAUGCUAUGUUCAGUCCUGCUGCAAUGUUGUUGUACUGAUAAGAAAUGAUAGUUUCAGUCCGUCUGCAAUGUUGUUGUACUGAUAAAUUUGAUAAGCUGGGUUAAUAGUGGAAUUU